GAAGCAGAAGUAUCAUGGAGGACUCCGGGAGCCGCGGGAAUUCAGUCAGAGACAUGACAGCGCGCGCAGACUGCCUUACAGAAGCAUACAGAUGUUUUCUGAGCGGAUCAUGUCCCAGUCAAUGUGCUGCGGAUCUGGCGUGUGUGAUAUUUGCAGGGGUGUGUGGACGGUUGACCGGAGAUGACAGAGAGUAUUGCGAUGAGAAGAGCGUGGAGCUGACCUGCAUCAGUCUCACUUUAGUGAAGAAGAUGAUGUCCAGCCUGAUGGCACAGAGGCUGCACCCGCAGGUCACGUUAUACUGCGUAGACAUCCUGAGGGUGUUGUUUGAGGAGAUGGAUCUAAUGUCACAGCUUGUUCAUCAGUUCCAGGCUGAGGAGCAGAUUAUCUCUCAUCUGACAGCAAAGACUGUAUCAACUCAUGUUCUCUAUGAGCUCCACAAACCUGGUCUGGUUAGUCCUGCCUGGCAGCAGAAGUGUGUGCAGACAUUUCAUAGCUCACACAUCUGUACUGAACUGGAUGCCUGUCUGUGGUCACUGACUGAAGUCUUAAAAAGACUUCUUAAAGGAGCUUAUGGAGAGAAAUCACAGAUUCUUAUGAAAGUCCUGGCACCCUUUGACUCCAGCCUUUGUGCUUUAUGCUCAAAGUUUCUUCCUGUAGAGAGAGAGGAGGGAACUCUGACCAGCAGCACACACUGGAGUACAACAUUCUGCCUCCUCUUAGACCUGCUGGAGGUGCUGACUGCAUCCAGUGCAGUAUGUGGAGCUGGAGUCUGUCUGCGGAGUCAGAGACUAACACACAUUCACUCCUCAGCAUUCCUCACAAUAGUCAGCAGCUCUUCAGAGCAUUUUGUCAAAAAGCGAGUGCUGCUGCUACUGAAGAGAGCUGUGCUUCAGAAGGCUGGAGAGGAUUGGGCUUUAGGAGAAGUGCUGUCUACUGGGCUGAACCAUGAGCACUUCAUCUCUGAUAUGAGUAUGCUGGCUCAGAGUGUGUUACAAGCAGUUGGUGCUGAUUGGUUACAUAGUGUUCAAGUGGAGUCUACCCCUUUCUUUGGGGGGACCAGUCUGGGCAAGGGUGGUGAAAGUCAGAAACCAGACUGUGUGAUGCUGAGAGCCAUCUGCCUGCUUCUUCUCAAGUCCCUGGAGAUUCACAUCCAAACAGCUGAUGGAUCAGGACUGCAUGGUGCCACAGAGGAUGAUGGGUAUCUACAGACUAUGUGGGGCUUCCUGGGACAGUGCAGUGUCCAGCAGACUGAGGACAUUCACUGCUGCUGCUGGGUCAGUGUGCUGUUUGGAGAACAGGAUGAUGACAUGAUGGAAGCAGCCAAAGCUUUGCUCACCAUAUUCCUCCAACACAGACUGUGUUCUGGAUUGGAUGACUCUGCAGUGCUGGCAGGAGCUUGUGCCUCUGGCUGCAACCCUCACUGCCACUUCCUGUUUCUGCUCCAGAGCAUAUCCUUCGACCACAGCAUCCUCCUCGAUUUCCUCAUUUCCACAGAAACCUGCUUUCUGGAAUACUUUGUGCGCUACCUUAAGUACCUCAGUGCUGACUGGCAGGGUUUUGCUUCUGCAUGCCAAAGAAUGUCACCGACCAUUUCUUGUGAUGCUGCUGUGUCUGGGCUGACAUAUGAACGGAAGACAGAAAUCAUGUCUUGCCCAGAUCGAGUGGAAUCCGGCUUUUGUUUCCAGCCCAUGGCUCCAGGGCUUCGCCUUGUAGACUAUGACAGCUCUGACGAGUCUGAUCCUGAUACCAUGGAGAUUUCAGAGGAAACCUGGCAGAGGCUGAUGGGACCAGAGGUGUCUGUAUGUCAGCAAAGUGGACAGGAUAAAGGUAGACCACCAGGAUCUAUCAGACAAACACAAUAUUUGUCAUCUGACUCAACAGAUGCACUGAGUGACCCCAACUCAUCACUGGAAAUAAGACCGCCACUGUCUGUGGUACAGAGUGAACAUUCAGGAAAGGUUUUCUGUGAAGCAUCAGCCAGAGCAGUGUUCUGUCUGUCACAGCUCAGAAAAGUGGUGACCAGGCUACACACAAAGAAACUUUUCCCAUACAACCCAUCCUCUCUCCUAAAGCUCUUAGCACAACUAGAGAAGUGUGCCCAAGAGUCACAUCCUUUCACACGUCAAUAA